AUGAGGCAUGGCAAAAGGAACUUUGGAUUUGUACUUGCAAGGAACUAUAUAAUACAGGUUAUCAUAGAUAUUACAAAAUGCCGCUCAAUAAGGGGUGUAAUACAGAGGCGUUGCAAGCGUAGUGGUGGUCUUGAGAAGCUCAUCGACUUUGACUCAUUGUCCGAGUACAAAGAGUACAGCAGCAUCAGAAGAUAUGUUGAAAAAUCCUGGGUGACGGAAAAGGAUGGCGAUAGCAGAACCUCGUCUGCUGCUCAACUGGCCCAAACUGAUGCUCUGACUGACAAGCACAAGACCCAAACCCACAAUUAUGUUUCAGCAUUCCAGCCGUUGUCCUCGCAAAUUUGCCAGACAUCUGUUUCUCUAACCACGACAGUCACACCAGCAUCUGUAAGCUCCAGGUCUAGCAACCAUGUGCUUUGUAACCAAGAAACUGUUGCUAGUCGUGGGAUGGUGCACCCUCAUGCUGCACAUUCAUUGCACUCUAGCUCUCGCCUAGGGCAAUGCAUUCCUGUUACAACUCACUCCAUACCUGCAUUUGUCCAGCAGUCAUGGGUGGAGCCGAAACUCCUGAGAAAUGCACCUGUGCAUCCAGAGAGAAGUGGGUUUGCUGGAAGUGUCUUUAUAGCAGGAGGCAGAAAUGAGAUUACGUGCCCUGGUAUCCAGUCAAACAUUUGCAACCAUCACCAAGCACAGCAACAUUCUUUCCAGCAGUCACAACCAGCAGAGCCCGUGGUGUGUUCUGGCCGGGAGGCGAACAACUGGCGAGGCAUGGCCGGGGCCCCGGGCUGGGAGAGCUCCCGCUGCGAGAAAUGCCACUACUGCUGCUUCCUGACGGCACAGAUGAUCUUCGUCACUGGGAUCGUAGUGGGGUUCUCUCUCCUGGUGGCCGGGGGAGUGUUCCAUCGUCGACAUGUGGCACAGUUUCAGGUCUUGGUGUACAUCGGUGCCUUGGUCUCUCUCGUGUGCGUCCUUCUUCUGGUCAUUUUCUGCGCAAUGGGAAGGGACCGCCGGCCGAGGCGCAGUCGGAGGACGUCGAUCCGCUACCUCUCGUGUCCCCAAGUGCUGGUGGAUUCAGAGGUGCUUCCGCUUCAGUCAGUUGAUGCAACUGGCCGUCAGAUGAUGCUGACGGGGGACGGUGACCACACAGGGGAGACGCAGCAAAUUAAUAGUGGGGAUGUUGGUGUUGUGAGCCCCUCACUAUGCAUGGCCAAACCAGUCGAUCAUAAAAGAUUUUAUAUAACGCCAGUCGGUCAUAGAGAAUGUUCUUUAGGGACAGGAAACCUCAACAUUGCCAACGCUGGCUCUACAAAUCAAAAGGCAGUAGCUUUAAUAGACUCUAACAGCCAUGGGGCACAUGCUAUACCUGUGAUGAGGUCAGAAAUGUCACCUCACUCAGGCCAUAUGGAGUAUUCUGUAAAGAGGUAAGUGACAAGAAUAUUGGGUGGGUAUCAAGUAUAAUUCCUAAAAAUGCAAUGAUAAUUUCAUUGCCAACUUAUUAUAGGAGUUGCCAGAACGUAAAAUAAAGAUUAUUUUAUGUGUACAUGGCAAGCGACCAUUCAGUGAAACGUCUAGUAAAAAUGUCAAAUGUGUCAGAUGAGGAUGAAUGAAGCCGAUGGGUCAGACUCGGAAACAAAGUGAAGCAAAUGUGACGAUAGGUUCUACGGGAAUGUGGAAGUACUAUUCCUGGGGAUCGAACGCUCAUUCCUGUACAUACAGAGACGCAAGAUCCUCUUUUCACUGCAGGAAGUCAGGAACAGUACUACGUGCUUUUCAUACAUUAAGAUUAUGUGGUUUGUGUAAAUUCUUCCAUGAGAAAUUGUAAGAUAGUCAGUCUAAUUAAAUGGUAUUCUACUUCACCUAGGGGCUUUUAUAUUACACAAGCUAAUGAAAGAUAUGAUUUAAUGAUUUUAUAGGUACAAAUCAUUUCCUCAUCAGUGGUUGCUUCUGGAUUUAG